CAGAUCAAAAUAACAGCAACAGCAUAGAAACUGGACACAGGGCAAGAGCAGACCGGAGCGCCAGGGAAGGACCUCACGCGGGACUGUCUUAUCUUAUCCCUUCAUCCUUUUCCAACUUCAAAACGAUGGCUCUUCUCUGCUUCAAUUCCUUCACUCUCUCUUCUCCUUCUUCAUCCACUUGGGCCUUUACUCCCACCACCGUUUCCAGAUGGCAUCUCAAACCCAUCGAUCUACCUCCGAGGACUUCGAGCGGAAUUCGAAUUUCAACAGCAUUUCCUGUUAAGAACGUAAGUGAUGCCAUUGUUAGGGCUGCUUCUGAUGCUGCGGCGGAAUCUUCAGCAGCUGAUGUUGGAUCGCCUCCGGAAGGGAAGGAAGAGGUUGUGCCAGUUGACAAACUUCCCUUGGAAUCGAAAUUGCAGGAGAGGCAAGAACAGAGGUUGAGGAUGAAAUUGGCAAAGAAGAUAAGGCUUCGAAGGAAAAGGCUUGUCCGAAAGCGGAGACUCAGGAAGAAAGGUAGAUGGCCUCCUUCUAAAAUGAAGAAGUUGAAGAAUGUCUGAACCAGAACUAAAGCAAUUUUUUUUUUCUUUGCUGGUUUUAAUUGUCAUUAUUAUCUGUUAUUCGCCUAUCAACAAUCUCUGUCUCAUUAAUCAAUUGCAUUAGUUAUAUGCUAUAUAGUUUUCAA